CGGGAGCGCGCGCGGAGGCGGUCCGGUAGCUUCAGUUUCUCUCGGCUGUUUCGCCGUGUGUGUGUGUAUGUGUAUGUGUGUGUGUGUGUAUGUGUAUACGUUCCACUAACGAAAGACAGAGAGAGAGGGGGCGAGAGAGGGAGAGCCAAACGGGGGCAAUAACAGAGAAUUUUAGCCUGGACCAGCACUUGCCCCGACACUGACAGGUCAAGAUGUCCAGUGAAGUGCAAAGACCUGAUGAUAGCCCAAGCACUAGUGGGGGAAGCUCAGAUAUUGAUCAGCGUGAAAGUGUUCAACAAGAGCAAGAAAGAGAACAAACACAGCCCAAGAAGAAAGAAACCAAAAUUUCAAGUAAAACUGCAGCAAAGCUUUCUACAAGUGCUAAAAGGAUUCAAAAAGAACUGGCUGAAAUUACAUUGGACCCUCCUCCCAAUUGCAGUGCUGGACCUAAAGGAGAUAACAUCUAUGAAUGGAGGUCAACAAUCUUGGGCCCCCCUGGCUCCGUGUAUGAAGGAGGUGUCUUCUUUUUAGACAUUGCAUUUUCUCCUGACUACCCUUUCAAACCACCAAAGGUGACUUUUCGAACACGUAUCUACCACUGUAAUAUUAACAGCCAGGGUGUGAUCUGCUUGGAUAUUCUCAAGGACAAUUGGAGUCCAGCACUGACCAUUUCCAAGGUUCUUCUAUCUAUUUGUUCUCUCCUUACUGACUGUAAUCCUGCUGAUCCUCUCGUCGGAAGCAUUGCCACACAGUACCUGACCAACAGAGCCGAACAUGACAGAAUAGCCAGACAGUGGACCAAGAGAUAUGCCACAUAAGUAACAACCCUGUCCUUAAUUUGUAAAAGCACAUUCACAAAGUGCAACCAUAGGCCAUCCCCUUCCCUUGUACCCUUUGUUUACCUUUUUGUGGAAAAAAUAUGUUCCUCGCUGACUUGAAAGCUUCUUUUUUAUACAAAGAGUAGACAUGAACUUUUGUUUUCAGAUUUAUUGUAAUAGAAGAAAGCUUUAUCCUUAUCCAGCAAUGUUAUAUCUGUGUUCUUUUCCCUUUAAGCAAUCCCAGGAACAAAAGCAGAUAAAAUCUCGAUUCAGUGUAGUGUUUAGAAUUACGUUUUUGUACCUUUGUCAUGUAUGGUGUGUGCAUGUUGCCAGGAUGGAGGUUUACAUUAAGGAGAAAUCAUGAAUCAUGAAUCACUAUGCAUCACACAUAUUGUGCUCAUUAUUUGUCAUUUGUUUUCUUUGUUUAUGUUCAUUUGUUACAUUUUCAUUUUUUGUUUUAAUUUUUUUUUAAGUUUUUUAGAUGCAGAUUAAGGAAUUAAUCUAUUUUGAAGAUCUGUAUCAAAAGUGCUUGUAAAUUUACUAGUAAUCUGCCACUACUGAUUGUGGAUCGGUUUGAUGUACACUUGUAUCAUUAAAACACUUAAUAAAACACUGUGGCUGAAAAGAAA